AUGAAAAGUGUUGAAGAGGCCAGUUGUGGCAGCAACACAAACGAUAUCAGACAAGCAGUCAAAUCCGAAGACGGCGAGAAUCCCUGCGAAAAUGGACUCCGUUCAGUCUGCUGGAAGGUCUUCCUGCUCUGCGAAGACCUCGAUCGCCCAGAGUGGACGAGCCGGCUCUCAGAUACGCGCAGUGCUUAUGAAUCUCUGAGAAACCAUUUCCUCAAGUACAUAAAGCAUCCAAAUGAAAUCCAGUCCACAAUUGACCCGCUAGCUGAGGAUGAAGAGUCGCCUUGGCAGGCUUUACGCCACGAUGAAACCACUAGAGCCGAGAUCUAUCAAGAUGUAGAACGAUGUCUGCAGGACAAUUUCUUCUUCCGCGAACCGUCCACGAAAUCAAUGAUGCUAGACAUACUGUUCAUCUACUCGAAGCUGAAUCCGGACCUCGGCUAUAGACAGGGAAUGCACGAAUUGCUUGCACCGAUCAUCUGGGUGGUGGAGCGCGAUGCAGUGGCCUUUCAACAAUCUCGAAAGGUAAUCCAAGCUGGCGAAAUAGACGACGAAGACAUUAUGCUGCAGCUCUUGGAUGCCAACUAUAUCGAAAGUGACUCUUUCAACCUUUUUUGUAGUGUUAUGCAAGUCGCACGGGCUUUUUACGAGCAUACUGAUAGCACAAUGGUCAAUGGUCAAGCAGAAGUUGCACCCAUAGUAGACCGCUCUCAAUUUAUUCAUCAUGAGCUUCUCCAGGCUGCGGAUCAUGAGCUAGCCACACACUUGAGAGCCAUCGAGAUUCUUCCACAGAUCUUUCUGACCCGCUGGAUACGAUUGUUAUUUGGUCGAGAGUUUUCCUUUGAAGACACGUUACUGAUCUGGGAUCUUCUAUUUGCAAAUGGCUUGACGGCUUCCUUGGUUGAUCAUAUCUGUGUUGCGAUGCUUCUUCGCAUCAGAUGGCAGCUAUUGAGCGCGGACUAUUCAUCUGCCCUGACAUUAUUAUUGCGCUAUCCUACUCCCCAAGAUCAUAGCCCACAUACAUUUGUGCAGGAUGGACUUUAUUUGGAACAGAACUCGAGCCCUGCACGAGGAGCGUUCCUUAUAUCUAAGUAUUCGGGACGUCUACCAGUGUCUGCCAAAAAGCCGAGCCAGCAUCCGAGUAGGGAUUUAUCUCCGAAGGUCCGCCAACGAAGUCAUUCGCGCAAUGCUAGUGAGGACAGCUCCUCUGGGCAAUCGCCAGUCCGAAACAGCCAGCGGACCCUUGAGUCAUUAUUUCAGGAUGUUUCUGAAGGACUACAACGUCGCACAGAAGGCUGGGGCGUUGCAAAAGCUGUGCGUGGUGCUGUUACUGAGGCAAGGCGUAAUAUGGCCUACGCCGAGGUUGGGGGUAUUUCACCUUCAAGAGCCUGGCGUGGUGGUUCUCGCCUUGGAACACAAAAGAUUGGAGAGCCCGAAAGAUCGGAUCCCGUGGACCUGGUACGAAGGGUAGCGUCUCUAAAGAAACGAGACAGCAAUCUUGCAGAGAUGUUGUCUGAGGCGUUGAAUGAUUUGCAAUAUGUGAAGCAGUCUGUGGCUAGUAUUGAUUCUCAGGCUACAGAAGCACUUGGUAGAGCAUUCGAGAAGAUCUUGAGUGUUCAAACAGACCUUCAAGGCUCAGGCGGCUCGACCCCUACCAAGCCAAUCCAAGAAUCUACAAAGGAAGCGGUAUCUGAAAAAAUAGAACCUGAUAAAAUAGAUGAGAAGCCAGAGGUUCUGCCCAUGUCUGCAACGGCAUCACUCGUUGAUGGAAAUCAGAGAAGUGAGACCCAGGCGAUAGGAUCCGCGACGACUACAGCGGCCGCGUCACCGAAACCUCAGGCUGAAAGUGCACCCGUUCCAGCACCUCGACCAACGACCACAUCCUUACCGCGGCGGCCUCUGGCGCAAUCUGAGUUUUCAUGGAUGUUAGGCGACACCACCCACCGAUCUAGCUUUGUCAGUUCGGCCUCGCUUCCACCGGACCAGAGCAGACAGAGUGAGCCGCAAUCACGACAGGGUUCUCUCUUUGGAGAGGCUCAAGAUGAAACGCGAGAACAGGAAGAUAGCUUGUCCUUGAGCAGUUUCACAUGA